GAGGAAAGUAGCAUAUAACAAUAACCGGAACCUUGCGGAAUUCCCCGACCCGGCGGACAUGCGCAAUAGGCUUCAUGUGUCUUUUCCGCGAAAUUUUCACUUGCAUGUCCUCGAAGGAAAGAGAGGGCGAAAUCACAGACAUCACAAUGAAUGGGUCCACUGCAAAUCAUGUGAACGGAGACGUGCAUCUUUCGGAGAAGAUUGCCAUUCUGGAUGCAGGAGCACAGUAUGGGAAAGUGAUCGACAGAAAAGUUCGGGAGUUGAACGUAGAAUCUGACAUUCUUCCCCUGGAUACUCCAGCAUUCUCCAUUAAAGAAAAGGGCUACAAAGCCAUCAUAAUAUCUGGUGGACCGAAUUCUGUGAAUGAUGACGACGCCCCUCGGUACGAUCCUGACAUCUUCCAUGCUGGUCUGCCAGUGCUGGGCAUCUGCUAUGGCCUACAGAUGCUGAAUAAGGAAUUCAAGGGAAAGGUUACCAAAACAGAUCUUCGUGAGGAUGGACAGUUUGAUAUCACAGUUGAAACAAAGUGCCCUUUGUUCAAGGGCCUGGAGAAGCAGCAGUCAGUGCUUCUGACCCACGGAGACAGCCUCACUGAGACAGCGGAAGGCUUUCAAGUUAUUGCCCGGUCUGGCAGCGUCAUUGCCGGUAUCGCCAACGAGAAAAUGAAGCUGUAUGGAGUCCAGUUCCAUCCUGAAGUUGACCUGACAGAAAAUGGCCGACAGAUGUUGCGUAACUUCCUGUUUAAUGUGGUGGAGUGCCACGGAGCCUUCACCAUGAAGUGCCGGGAGAAGGCCUGUGUCGACUACAUCAAGGAAACAGUGGGAGAACACAAAGUCCUGAUGCUGCUGAGCGGGGGAGUGGACUCCACCGUGUGUGCCGCCCUGCUCCACAAGGCCCUGAAGGACGACCAGGUCAUCGCUGUACACAUCGACAACGGAUUCAUGCGCAAACACGAAAGUCGUCAAGUCGAAGAGUCUCUGAGUGGCAUGGGCCUCAAAGUUCGAGUGGUUCACUCUGCACACACAUUUUAUAAUGGAACUACCUCAGUGCCGAUCGACAAAUAUAACUGCAACUCCCGGAAGCGCCGGACAAACACCCUAAACACCACCACCAACCCCGAAGAGAAGCGAAAAAUCAUUGGAGAUACCUUUAUGAAGGUAGCUAACGAGGUGAUAGAGGAGCUAAAACUAAAACCGGAAGAAGUGUUUUUGGGACAAGGCACCUUACGUCCAGACCUGAUUGAGAGUGCCUCCGAGCUGGCAAGUGGAAAAGCUGAUGCUAUCAAGACACACCACAAUGAUACUGAUCUAGUCCGCCAACUCCGGAAACAGGGUAGAGUAGUGGAGCCUUUAAAAGAUUUUCACAAAGACGAGGUGCGAAAUAUUGGUCGAGACCUUGGAUUGCCAGAUGAACUCGUCAACAGACAUCCGUUUCCCGGACCAGGGCUAGCCAUCCGAGUUAUAUGUGCCGACGAGCCCUACAUGGAGAAGGACUUCGCUGAAACCAACAUCCUGCUGAAGAUCAUCGUGGACUUUGCCACUGCACUGAAGACACCCCACUCCCUCCUGAACAAGGUGAAGAACUGCAUGGUUCAGCAUGAGCAGGACCGCCUCGAGGUCAUCACGGCCAAAGCCCAGCUGACAGCCACUCUCUUGCCCAUCAAGACUGUCGGAGUACAGGGAGACAGUCGGACGUACAGUUACGUGGCAGCCAUUUCCUCGGACACGCGGCCGGAUUGGGGGGACUUGAUGAGCCUUGCUAAGAUGAUACCACGAAUCUGCCACAGUAUUAAUAGAGUUGUAUAUACCUUUGGAGAAUCCGUCAAACACCCAAUUGAAGAUGUCACCCCGACAUUUUUAUCCGAGGGUGUUUUGAGUACAUUACGACAAGUAGAUCACCUAGCAACCAAGACCCUUCACGACGCGGGGGAAACGGGGACGAUCAGCCAGAUGCCAGUUAUAAUCACCCCCCUGCACUUCGACAGGGACCCCACCUCACACCACCCCUCGUGUCAGCGAUCUGUUGUCAUACGGACAUUUGUUACAAAUGAUUUCAUGACAGGGGUCCCAGCCACACCUGGAAAACAGCUGACAACAAAGGUUGUGGAGGACAUGGUGACGUCUAUACUCACAGUGCCCGGGAUCUCCCGCGUCAUGUACGACCUGACGCCCAAACCCCCGGGGACCACAGAAUGGGAGUGAUCAGCUGAUGUCGGCAUUAUUUAUUGUGGACUUGCUGUCUGUAUUAUCAUGUUUUAUUAAACUAGACAACAGACUUUGGGAUUAUGGUACUAGGGUUUAUAGUUAACCAGCAUCAAACGUCUACAAGUUUGUGUUUGCUGAUCAGGAGAACUGAUGCAGCAGUCAAGGUAUUUCCUGAAGGGAGAUAACUCUCGGCAAACUGAAGGGAGAUAACUCUCGGCAAACUGAGGGGAGAUAACUCUCAGCAAACUGGUGAACACAUUGGAAACCUUGGUCCCUUUUGUCCCCACUCAGCAUUUAGUGUUCUUACAAUACCCGGGGGCAUGGGUGGCCCAGUCAGCUAAGGCGCCGUGAUUUGCUGUACAGAGUUGCAUCCCUUGGGCAUGCCAGAAACCUAUGAUUGUGGGUUCGAAUCCCGGUUCGAUGAGAUUGUUUCUAGGU